AUGAGCAGCAGAGUGUCUGGAGUUUUGCCCAAGCCGCGAUCCAUCGUGGUUCCGUACGCGUCUCGGCGAGGCUUUCCUGUGGGCCAGGGCUAUGCUGACGAGAAGAUGGUGCCCCGGGGCUCUCAUCGAUUCCCCAAGAAGAAGACCGUUCCCACUGAAGAGCAGCUGAUUGCCACUCGAAACCCCCCUCGAACCUCCGCCAAGCAUGCCACUCCCCGGUCCGAGAUCCACAAGUGGCAUUUGAAGAUGGCAGAUCUGCGUAAGCAGUAUUUGGCUGACUCGCUGGUGUCUGCUGAGCGAGCUGACAAGGCCAAGUACCACUACCACAAGCGGUACCUUGCUGCCGCCGAGAAGGUCAAGGAGGAUGCUCGAAACGCCGGUCUGACCGAGGCCGAGCUUCUGACUCUGCCCACAAUUUCCGGUCUUCUUACCAACUCGCAGCUCAAGCGACAGACUGAGGACGAGUAUGAACAGAAGCGUCUGGAGCGGCAGUACAACGACCAGCUGCAACAGCUCAAGGAUGAGGAGGAGCGAGCUCGAGUGACCGUCCAGCUGAUUGACCAGGCCGACGACUUCAUUGUGACCGAGGAGCAGCUGAUUGCUGGCGUGGAGAAGGCCUUUGUCAACGGCUCUUCUUCCGGCAGAAACCCUGUGGGCGGCUGGUCCAUCACCUCCUUCAAGGAGGACUCCAUCAUGGGCGUGGGCCGAAACUCGGCCGGCCUCGAGAAACUGGUUUCUCUGGCCAGCGAGUCCGAGGAGUCCAAGCUGACCGAGAUUGGAGACGCCAUUGCUCUGGAGCUUACCGGCGUCACCAACAACGGCAAGCCCGGUCUGGGCCGAAUCGCCGAGAUCCUCCGAGGAGACAAUGUGCUGGAGCGAGCCGAGAAGCUGCGACUUGAUCAGACCAAGGCCGGCAAGGCCCAGAUCAAGAAGGACAUGGGAGAGGCCGAGGAUCUGGCCGAGAUCCGACAGGCUCUCAAGGAUAUGGAAUAA